CAUUGCGACCAUGCAAUACAACACAUGAAUAAUGCCAGCACCAGUCCACUGUAGUCUGGAUCACCGUUUCCAGAAUCUCCGUUUCUUGCAAGAAAACAGAUAGAUUUUAAUUUCCAAGAGUUGAAGUGGAGAAACUGCAAAGAAAUAGACAGGUGUGGUGAGGAACUGAAAAAAUAAUGGAUGGAACGGAGAGAGUAAAGGACUCGUAUGAAAGGCACCGUAGCUUCAGCAGAAGCGUGGAGGAUGUGAUUUUAAGUGCCACACACUCUCGUCGAAACAGUCGAAUGGAAGAAGAAGAAGCUCUGACAUGGGCUGCCAUUGAGAGACUGCCCACAUAUAAUCGGCUGAGAACAAGCAUCAUCAAAUCCUUUGUGGAAACCGAUGCUCAAGGAAAUAACAACAACAAAGUAGUGCAUAAGGAAGUAGAUGUUCUGAAGCUCGACCGAAUCGACCGUCAGAAAUUCAUCGACGGCACUUUUAAGAUUGCCGAGGAAGACAAUGAGAGGUUCUUGAAGAAGUUUAGAACUAGAAUUGAUAAGGUGGGUAUCAAACUUCCUACUGUAGAAGUUAGGUUUGAGCACUUGACAGUUGAAGCCGACAGCCAUAUUGGCAGCAGAGCUCUUCCCACUCUCCCAAAUGUUACUCGAAACAUUGCAGAAUCGGCUCUUGGCUUAAUUGGGAUUAGAUUAGCUAAAAAAACAAAUCAAACAAUUCUCAAAGAUGCCUCUGGCAUUGUUAAACCGUCGAGGAUGACCCUUUUAUUAGGUCCUCCAUCCUCUGGAAAAACAACACUUUUGCUGGCACUAGCUGGGAAAUUGGAGCCAAGCUUGAAGGUCAGAGGAGAUAUCACUUACAAUGGGUACAGGCUACAUGAUUUUGUGCCACAGAAGACAUCUGCGUAUAUUAGCCAAAAUGAUGUUCAUAUAGGAGAAAUGACAGUCAAAGAAACUCUAGAUUUUUCCGCUAGGUGCCAAGGAGUUGGGACUCGAUAUGAACUUCUUUGUGAGCUUGCUAGAAGAGAAAAGGACACUGGCAUAUUUCCUGAGGCAGAUAUUGACCUUUUCAUGAAGGCUACGUCAAUGGGAGGAGUUGAGAGUAGUCUCAUUACUGACUAUACUCUCAGAAUUUUGGGGCUCGAUAUAUGCAAGGAUACAAUUGUUGGAGAUGAGAUGCAGAGAGGGAUAUCCGGUGGGCAGAAAAAACGAGUAACCACAGGUGAGAUGAUUGUUGGGCCUACAAAAACAUUGUUCAUGGAUGAGAUAUCAACGGGUCUAGAUAGCUCUACGACAUAUCAAAUAGUGAAGUGCUUGCAGCAAAUCGUACACAUUACCGAGGCCACAAUUUUGAUGUCCCUACUCCAACCUGCUCCCGAGACAUUUGAUCUCUUUGACGAUAUCAUCCUUUUGUCAAAGGGCCAUAUUGUCUACCAGGGGCCACGCGAGCAUAUAUUGGAGUUCUUUGAUAGUUGUGGAUUUCGAUGCCCCGAACGAAAGGGAAUUGCUGAGUUCUUACAAGAGGUAACCUCAAGGAAAGACCAAGAGCAAUAUUGGGCUGACAGAAGCAAGCCAUACCGAUACAUAUCAGUCACUGAAUUCGCAAACCAGUUCAAGCGGUUCCAUGUGGGAAUCAGUCUCCAGAAUGAGCUCUCAAUCCCUUACAAUAAGUCACGAGGGCAUAGAGCAGCCCUUGUUUUCACAAGAUAUUCAAUACCCAAAUUGGAACUUCUCAAGGCCUGUUUUGCCAAGGAAUGGUUGCUGAUAAAAAGAAACUCUUUCGUUUACAUUUUCAAGAUGGUCCAAAUUAGUAUAGUGGCAAUUGUAGCAACUACCGUAUUCUUAAGGAGCCAAAUGCACACCCAAAAUGAAAAUGAUGGUGCAUUGUUUAUCAGUGCAAUUAUAUUUUCCCUGGUCACUAACUUGUUUAAUGGUUUCUCUGAGCUCUCACUGACCAUUGCAAGACUCCCUGUAUUUUACAAGCACAGAGACCUUCUUUUCCACCCAGCAUGGACUUUCACUCUCCCAUGUGUCCUACUCCGGAUUCCUAUAUCCCUUUUAGAAUCCACUAUUUGGGUUGGCAUUACGUAUUACACAAUUGGGUUUGCACCUGAAGCUAGCAGAUUUUUCAACCAACUAUUGCUGUUUUUUCUGAUCCAACAAAUGGCUGCUGGGAUGUUUAGGCUUAUUGCUGGAGUCUGCAGGACCAUGAUCAUUUCCAACACUGGCGGGAGUAUCAGUCUGAUGAUUGUUUUUAUACUUGGAGGUUUCUUAAUUCCUCGAGGUGAAAUUCCAAAGUGGUGGGUGUGGAGCUACUGGAUUUCACCUAUGGCAUAUGGCUUCAAUGCUCUUACUGUAAACGAAAUGUUUGCACCGAGGUGGAUGAACAAACUGGCUUCAGAUAAUGCCACCAGAUUGGGUGUGGCAGUGCUUGAGAACUUUGGUGUUUUCCCUGACAGAAACUGGGUUUGGAUUGGCUCUGCAGCUCUUGUCGGAUUUGCAGUUUUCUUCAACAUCCUUUUCACACUCGUACUUAUGUACCUGAAUCCUCUUGGAAAGCCACAGCCUAUGAUAUCUGAAGAAGUAGCAGCGGAAAUAAGAGCAGAUGAAGAAGACUCGAAGGAUGACCAGAAUUUCAGAAGACCCAAAUUAAAGACAGAUCCAAUUUUUCGAUCAUUAUCUUCUUCUGAUGGAAACAAUUCAGGAGAAAUGCAAAUAUGGAGAUUGGGCAGUCGAUCAAAUGCGAAUAGACUUGAUAGAAAUGCUAAUUCGUCUCUUGAAGCAGGAAAUGUUGUUACCGUAAAGAGAGGAAUGGUUCUUCCCUAUACUCCUCUUGCAAUGUCCUUCGACAGUGUUAAUUACUAUGUGGACGUGCCCCUCAAAAUGAAGGAAGGAGGAGUAAAAGAGGACAGGCUUCAGCUACUAUGUGAAGUAACUGGUGCCUUUAGGCCUGGGAUCUUGACAGCUUUAAUGGGAGUCAGCGGGGCGGGGAAGACAACUUUGAUGGAUGUCUUAGCAGGAAGAAAAACAGGUGGCUACAUUGAAGGUGAUAUUAGAAUUUCUGGGUACCCUAAGAAACAAGAAACCUUUGCCAGAAUUUCUGGUUAUUGUGAACAAAAUGAUAUCCACUCACCCCAAGUCACUGUCAAGGAUUCAUUGAUUUAUUCAGCUUUCCUUCGGCUCCCUAAAGAAGUCACCAAAGAGGAAAAGAUGACCUUUGUAGAUGAAGUGAUGGGACUGGUUGAGCUUGACGGUCUCAAAGAUGCUUUAGUGGGGCUUCCAGGAGUUACAGGGUUAUCAACAGAACAGAGAAAGAGGUUGACAAUUGCAGUUGAGCUCGUUGCUAAUCCCUCGAUCAUUUUCAUGGAUGAGCCAACGUCAGGUCUUGAUGCAAGGGCAGCUGCCAUUGUUAUGAGGGUGGUUAGAAAUACGGUGGACACUGGUAGAACAGUUGUCUGCACAAUUCAUCAGCCUAGCAUAGAUAUCUUUGAGGCCUUUGAUGAACUGCUACUCAUGAAGAGAGGACAGUUGAUAUACUCCGGACCAUUGGGCCGCAAUUCUCACAAGGUCGUGGAAUAUUUUGAGGCAGUUCCUGGUGUUCCAAAAAUUAAAGAAAAGUAUAAUCCAGCAACAUGGAUGCUUGAGGUGAGUUCGGCAGCAACUGAGCUCCGGGUUGAAAUCGACUUUGCUCAACACUACAAGUCAUCUUCCUUGUACCAGAGAAACAAAGCUUUAGUGACAGAGUUAAGCAUACCACCACCAGGAGCAAAUGAUCUGUAUUUUCCAUCUCAGUAUUCUCAAUCAAUGUGGGAGCAGUUCAAAUCUUGCCUUUGGAAGCACUGGUGGACUUACUGGAGAAGUCCUGAUUAUAUCCUUGUUAGGUUCUUUUUUACCUUUGCCUCUGCCCUCCUGGUUGGAUCUAUUUUCUGGAAGGUUGGCGCCAAAAGAGAAAGCUCAGCUGACCUGACCAUGAUUAUUGGAGCCAUGUAUAAUGCUGUACUUUCCAUUGGAAUUAAUAACUGCUCAACAGUGCAGCCGGUAGUCGCCACUGAAAGAGCAGUAUUUUAUCGAGAACGAGCUGCUGGGAUGUACUCUGCCUUACCUUAUGCACUAGCACAGGUUGUUGUUGAAAUACCAUAUGUGUUUGUUCAAACUGUAUAUUAUGUGCUGAUUGUGUAUGCUAUGGUGAGCUUUCAAUGGACGGCGGAAAAAUUCUUCUGGUUCUUCUUUGUCAACUUCAUCUCAUUCCUUUAUUUCACAUAUUACGGAAUGAUGACUGUCGCCAUCUCACCAAACCACCAAGUAGCAGCCAUAUUGGCAUCGACGUUUUAUUCAUUCUUCAACCUCUUCUCGGGUUUCUUCAUACCAAGACCGAAAAUACCCAAGUGGUGGAUUUGGUAUUACUGGAUAUGCCCGGUAGCGUGGACGGUGUAUGGAUUGAUUGUGUCACAAUAUGGUGAUGUUGAGGACACCAUUAAAGCACCUGGGUUAACACCUGACCCAACUGUGAAAUGGUAUGUAGAAAACUAUUUUGGAUAUAAUCCAAAUUUCAUGGGACCAGUUGCUGGAGUUCUUGUUGGCUUCGCGCUCUUCUUUGCUUUCAUGUUUGCCUAUUGCAUAAAGAUACUCAAUUUCCAAAUUAGAUAGAGGAAUUCUUGGUAUACCGCAUGUGUUCUAUAUACAUAUGUGUUGUAGAAAAUGAGAAAUGUAAUGUUUGUAAGAAAUAUUGUACCCAAGAAUUGGAGGAGGCAAUUUAAGAAUGAAUAAUUCCUUUGAGAAAGUAAGUGGAUUGUUGGUGUUAGGUCGAUAUAGUACAUAUAUUUUACACCACUUUACCUAUUG